ACAACAUAAAAUUUCCAUCAACAGAAGCUGAGAUGAAUGUGAUUAAAAGGGGAUUUUAUCGUAUUGCCAAGGUCCCAAAUGUCAUCGGUGCAGUAGAUGGUACUUUAAUCCCCAUUAUUGCUCCAAAAGAGAAUGAACCUGCAUAUGUCUGUAGGAAAGGAUACCAUUCCUUGAAUAUACAGGCAGUUGUGGAUCAUGAGAUGAGAUUUACAAACCUAGUAGCAAAAUUUCCAGGCAGUGUACAUGACUCGUACAUCUUUUCAAACUCUGAAUUGGGAUACUUUUUUGAAGAGAACAAUGUGGAUGGAUGGUUACUGGGAGAUUCUGGAUAUGGUCUAAAAAAGUAUUUGCUUACUCCAAAAUUAAAUCCUAACACACUGGCUGAGGAGAAAUACAAUAAGGCUCACUCAAAAACACGCACCAUAGUGGAACAGGCAUUUGGUGUAUGCAAAUCUAGAUAUAGGUGUUUGCAUAAAACAGGGGGCUGUUUGCCAUUUACACCUGACAAAUCUGCAAUAGUUGUUACAGCUGUUUUUAAACUCCACAAUAAGUGUAUAGAUGACAAGUUGCCACUUCCAGAUUUUACAGAUGAUUUUAUUGACAAUGUAGAUAACCAUAUUAGAGAUAUUGCACCUGCUACUGUUCAAACUCUUAGAGAACACAUUAUUCAGAGAUUUGCCUAAAAAUUUAUUUAUAUGCCUAUAUGAUUCAUGAAAAUUAGAAAAACAUGUUUCUGUU